UUCGUGGUUCAGCCAUCCGUUUCUUCAAGCUCCAUCAGUCUUCCAUAUAGAGAAACAGGCGACACGCGAAUUGAACCCACAGGGCUUCUACCUAUUCGCUACUACGAGCCACGACACUCUCUCCGGUCGCCAAUUCAUCGCGUAUACAUUAGAAAACCAUCUUGAGUCUUCCGACCCUGAAGAUUCAAAAUGAGCGAAGCAGAGGCUGUCCAGAACACCACCGAGCCCGUGGCACCCGUCGAGCUGAAGGAGGCGGCGGUUGCCCAUCCCGAGGCCGCUGAGGUGAACGAAGCCACCGAGAACAUUGAGGCCAAGGAGGCUGAAGAGACCAAGGAGGUUGAAGAGACCAAGGAGGUUGAAGAGACCAAGGAGGUUGAAGAGACCAAGGAGGUUGAAGAGACCAAGGAGGCUGAAGAGACCAAGGAGGCUGAAGAGACCAAGGAGGCUGAAGAGACCAAGGAGGCUGAAGAGAAGAAGGACGCUGGCGAGCCCGAAAAGAAGGAUGGCGCCAACAUCCUCAAGACCACGGCCAAGAUUGACCGCGAGAACCUGCAGAGCAACCGCAAGUUUGACCCCUCGGUCCGACAGGUGACCGACGACCCUGAGGAGAUCAGGAAGCAGGUCGAGUUCUACUUUGGCGACUGGAACUUCCCCCAGGACAAGUUCAUGUGGGAGACGUGCGGAGGAUCAGAGAACAAGCCCAUGCCCAUUGCAACGAUCCACUCAUUCAAGCGCAUGCGAUGCUUCCAGCCUUACAGUGCUGUUGUUGCCGCCCUCAGGGAAAGCAAGUUCCUCGAGGUGUCUGGAGAGGAAGGCAAGGAGGUGGUGAAGCGCAAGGUGCCCUACAAGCCCAUGACGACCUCCAAGGCCAAGGCCGAGGCUGCCACUGUCUACGCCAAGGGCUUUGGUGACGAGCAGCCCGACACCCAGUUCGAGCUGGAGAAGUUCUUUGCCCAGUUUGGCGAGGUCAGCGGACUGAAGCUUCGCCGCACCAACGAGGGUCUCUUCAAGGGCUCCGUCUUUGUCACAUUCGCCGACGAGGAGACGGCCAAGAAGUUCCUUGCCCUGGAUCCCGCUCCCAAGUGGAAGGACCACGACCUCAAGAUCAUGUCCAAGCGCGACUAUUGCGAGGAGAAGAGCGAGCUGAUCAAGCAAGGAAAGCUGGCGCCCAAUGGCACAUCGCAGAAGAAGUUCUACGAGGGCAAGGACUACGGCAAGAGAAAUCUGCGCAGCGGCGCCUCUGGCAACCAGGACGACUGGAAGAAGCGACGCGAGCAGGACCAGAAGAAUGGCUUCAAGGGAGGCCGCGGCGGUGGCCGUGGUCGCGGUGGACGGGGCCGAGGUGGUCGAGGCCGCGGCGGCCGUGACCGCGACUCUGGCCGACAGGAGUAA